UUGACAGAUUGUGAAUGUGAAUGUGAAUCAACUGAUCUUGUUUCAUAGAAUAUAAAUUUAAACUACUUUUCACUAAAGAAAUUGUUUUUGACUUAGUGUUUUCUGUUUACAAACGUGCUGACUUAACAGUUUAUUUUUAUGCAUAAUGGUGAAUUACAUAGGCUUUUAAACAAACGUCAGUUUACUUUAAAGUAUUUUAAGAUCAGUUCAGUUUUUUCACAUUUUAUCAACUAUUCUGUGUUUCUUCUUGAAUACUUGUGCUGUGUCCAACCAAAGAUGUCAGCGCCUAAAGAUCGCCACAACUAUGAUAGAGAUAGCAGCAGUGAUACAGAAGAUUACCAUGAUUCCGAGGAUCGACGACGUCGUGUGUUCAAGAAUAGGCUUAGUUACGGAUCGUCGUCCAAGCCAAAGCCUUGUCUAGUACAGCGUCAGUCUAGCGGAUCCGACCAGCGGCCUAUGUUGGAGAGGUCACAUUCUGCGUGUACACCAAAACAAUCGCUCAACUCUGCACCUAGAAACAGGUCACGUAACCAACACCUGGGGCCGGCCAAGAACCAACAGAAUGGCCCGGCCGGGUCCUCGUCUACGAGUAGUGAUGAAAGAGUCACCCUGGUGGUGGAUAACACAAGGUUUAUACUGGACCCUGCGCUGUUUACCGCUCAUCCCAACACAAUGCUGGGCAGAAUGUUCAGUUCAGGCAUGGAGUUUGUCCACCCUAACGAGAGGCAGGAGUAUGAAGUUGCGGAGGGUAUAUCGGCCUCAGUGUUCCGAGCCAUCUUGGAAUUUUACAAAGGCAAUGUGAUCCGAUGUCCGCCCACAGUCAGCGUACAAGAGCUGCGUGAAGCUUGCGACUACCUGCUCGUCCCCUUCGACGCAAACACAGUCAGAUGUCAGAAUUUAAGAGGCCUGCUCCAUGAACUGUCCAAUGAGGGAGCCCGCUGUCAGUUCGAGGUGUUUUUAGAAGAGUUGAUCCUACCCCUGAUGGUCAACUCGGCUCAGCGGGGCGACCGAGAGUGCCACGUGGUUGUGUUGUUGGACGAUGACUCCGUGGACUGGGACGAGGAAUACCCACCACAGAUGGGCGAGGAGUACUCUCAAACGGUCAACAGCACGGCCAUGUACAGGUUUUUCAAGUACAUUGAGAAUAGAGAUGUAGCUAAGCAGGUGAUGAAAGAAAGAGGGCUGAAGAAGAUAAGACUUGGCAUCGAAGGCUAUCCGACGUACAAGGAGAAGAUCAAGAAGAGAGCGGGAGGAAGAGCGGAUGUUAUAUACAACUAUGUUCAGCGACCCUUCAUACACAUGUCCUGGGAGAAGGAGGAAGCAAAGAGUAGACAUGUGGACUUUCAGUGCGUUAAGUCCAAGUCGGUCACCAACUUAGCCGAAGCAACGGCCGAUCCUGUGCUAGAGUUGGAUGCCGGGGGUAAUCCCGUGGUGGCCCCCGUGGUGCAGGAGGUGGUGGGGAUAGCAGCCGAGGUAGUGGAGGAGGGAGCAGUAGGCGGCGUCCCUCCCCCCGCACCCCCCGCUAACAGUCUCCCAUUACAACAGUAACACACCCUAGUCCAGCCUUGAAAAAGACAACAAUAAUGUACCUUGAGUCUUGAAGCAAAGUGAUUCGGUUUUCAAUUUUUUUUUUCUUUUUGGGUGUUGAUCACAAUAUUCUAAAGUAUGAUUGAGUUGUGUAAUUCAAAAAACUUAGUUAAUGAAAACUUUUUUUUUUGUAUGGCUUCAUGCAAGAUAGCACUUAGAAAGUAAUGUGAUUCAUUAGCUUUUUGGGGCGUUAUGAUAGUAUUUUCCAUGGAACCGAUUUUUGGUAAAUGUAUACCAUAAUUGUUAAUAAUGUUUUGAUCAUGUUUUGCCUUUAAUUUCAGGUUAUACUUCUACAGUCAAAUAUUGAUAGAUUGCGGUUUUUAAAUUAUUUAUUUGCCGAUCCUAUUUAUUACUUUCAGAAUGUAGAGAAGGAAACAUUAUUUUCUAUUUAGAGCGCUAUUGAUAGUUAAAUUAAUGCUUGAAAGGAAACUAUCGGCUAAUUAAGAACACAGAUUUGUACGUUAGAGAAUAAACAUAAAACUGACUGAAUGAGCUGGCUUCAUUGAUUGGUGAAUAUUGUGGGCCAGUUAAGCCAUACAUGCUUAUAUACUUUUGAAACGUUCUAGGUUCAAUUUUAUGUAAGAUUUUGUUCUGCUCAACCAUUCCUUGCUUAUUACACUUCAGUAACACCCCAACAAAAACAAGAAUCAUGUAAGCUAUUUUUUACACAAAUUGUAAUACUGAAUAAUUUGUACAAGACUCAAGGUUACAGCCUAAAUGCAAAUCUUCGGUGCACAUUUUAAUUAGUAUGUUUGAUGUGAAAUUAUUAUUUCAUACAUCUGUUCCUUAAUUUCCCUGUUUCACCAGUAAAAAUAAGAAAAUUACUCCUUUUCUCUUUGUGUGUAUGUUUUUUUUUAUAUAAUUAAAUUCUGUACCUUAUUUUUUUUUUCAUAGUGAAUAAACCAUGACAGAGCACUCAAAAUAAUAAAUGAAUUAAGUAGCUUCAUUUAUUGCAAAGGAAAAACUUUUUUAUAUGCCAUGUCAUGAACAUAUCAUAAUCUAGUAAAAGAGUAUUUUAUUUGAACUAUGACCACGUUUUGUUUUGCUGUGUGAGUGUUUUGACUUUGUAUGAUAUUAGAAAAUUAAGGUAUAAGCAAAAGAGUUCAAAGCGUAUAAGUUGUAAAUUGGAAUUAGUUACUACAGUAGAACCUUGAUAGUUUGACACUUUGUGGACUAAGGGCGUGUCAAACUAUUGGGUGUAUUUAGACAUUUACUCACACAGGGAGUAUUUAAAACAUGAGAUAAAUCAAGCAAAUUUAAUGAAAAGUAUAAAGCUUGACAAAAGUAAGCAAACCAAUCAUUAUCAACUCGCAUCUCUACUCUAUAUAUUCUUUGUCUUCUUACUGUUUAAAAUAGUUUACUGUUGUUAAAAUAGUUAUGUUGUAUAGCCUUUCACCUUGGAUUACAAGAAAAAAUGUAAAUUAAUGAGAUAGUUAAUGUAUUGAGUUUUUGCGUGCACAAAAACAAUAAGGCUCUAGUUUUUUACCUCGGCAAACCCGUCAUGUCACGUUAUCACUGUCCGUGUCGAACUAUCCAGGUUCUACUGUACCUUUAAAUUUAUUGUAACAAGUUAAACAAAUUUGUGAACACUGCCAGCUUAGUAUAUCCUAUAUUGCCUCAGUUAGAAGUGUUAAUAUUUAAGAUUGUUGAUUUUUUAGAUAUUUAAUUUAGUGUUUUGUCUUGCUGUGUUUUUGUUUAUAAAAGUUUGCUCAUCUGUAAUUAACUUUGUAAAGCAAAUUAAUUUGUAAUUCCUACUCAUUAACUAGCUUGUAACUCGACUACAACUCAAAUCUAUUCUAAUUGCUGUAUUUUUAACUAUCAACGAUUUUUUAUUCUCGUUUAAGUGUUGAAGACUAAACUCGUGACAGUAUUUAAAAUAUUUAAAUCUUAACUCGCCCCUGGAUUUCUUUUUUUAACUUGAUACUCAUUGAUGUGCAUUACAUUUUACAAGCUCACAACUUUUCAUUUAUGCUUUGUGCAUGAACUAUGUUUUUAUUUUUCGAUAUGCAAUACUGUAUUUGUAGACCCGUUAGUUUCCAUUGAGAUCAUUGCAGGGGUUAUUAAAAGUAAUAUGUACAUGUCAAGAGAAAACUCAAAACAGUUUAGAGUUGAAAAUAUGAGACUGAAUCGCCUUUGUAGGAAAGGCUACUUAAAUCUUGCAUUUUAUCGUAAUGUACAUUAUUGUAAGCAAUCUCUUUGUUUUGUUUUGUAUUUAACUGUGCCUAGGAAGUGUUUUAUAAUCUCUUUAUAUAUGUGUACAUUUUGAUUAAAGUUGCAGAAAAUAAA